CCAGAAAUUCGAUUUGGUAUUGUGUGUGACGCGAAAGGCGGGAAAAUAUUCAAAGGCUGUUAGUCCAAAGGUACUCUGUCAGAAACACCUAGGUAGGCGUAAAGGUAUAUAUUCCAAGCGUGGAUUAAUCAAUUCUAGUCUCUGCUUUCGGUUUUGACUACCCAAACAUAUCAUUCAUCAAAGGAAUCCCCUCGUCCUCUCAUCUGAAGUCAUGGCUAAAGUAGUAGUUCAAGCUGAUCAAGCUCCCGUAGCCGGCGAACCUUGUUCGACGGAGCAAAACUUGAUAAACUAUGGCGCCCCGAAUGUUCCAUUCUACACGCCUAUCCAAGAUCCUCCUGCGGGAACCACCUGGGAUGUUCAACCGGAAGGCUCCCUAUUCUCUCCCCUGAAGAUCAAUGAGAUGGUGCUUCAUAACCGAAUUAUCGUCUCACCUAUGUGCCAAUAUUCCGCGAAAGACGGGUAUAUGACCAUGUGGCACCAUGUCCACCUUGGGAGUUUCGCGGCUCGAGGGCCAGGCUUAAUCCUAAGUGAGGCUACUGCUGUUGCUCCCGAAGGGCGGAUCUCGCCGCAGGACCUCGGCCUGUGGGAGGACGGGCAGAUAGAGCCGCUGAAGAAGAUCAUCGACUUCGCGCACAGCCAAGGCGUGAAGUUCGGCGUGCAACUGGCCCACGCCGGGCGUAAAGCAAGCACGGUGGCCCCGUGGGUCGACCGCAAAGCCGCGGCUCGUGAACAAUCCGAAGGAUGGCCAGAUGAUGUUAUUGCCCCGUCUCCUGAAGCUUAUAGCGCGCAAACUCUCGUUCCCAGAGAGGCAACUAAAGAGGACAUCGAAAAGUUCAAAAAGGAUUGGGUUGCCGCGAUUCGGCGUGCGUUGAAAGCUGGUGUGGACACUAUUGAAGUCCACGGAGCCCAUGGAUACCUCCUAAACGAGUUCCUCUCGCCCUCCUCCAACAAGCGCACCGACGAGUACGGCGGCUCCUUCGAGAACCGCAUCCGGCUGUACCUCGAAGCCGUGGACCUUCUCAAGGCCGAAGUGCCCAGCGGCUUCCCCAUCCUCGCCCGCGUCCCGGCAACCGACUACCUGGAGCACGACCCGAGCCUUCCGCAGUGGACCCUCGACGACGCCGUCGCGCUCUGCAAGGUCCUCGCGGCGCGCGGCGUGCACUUCCUCGACGUGACGGGCGGCGGCACCGACGCGCGGCAGAAGAUCAGCGCGCGGCCCGGGUACCAGGUGCCGUACGCGGAAGCGAUCAGGAAAGCCGUCGCCGGAACCGGGACGCUGGUCGGGACCGUAGGCGAGAUCACGUCCGGCAAGCAGGCGCAGGCGAUCCUGGACGCGAAGAGCGCGGACGCUAUCAUCGUCGGCCGCGCGUUCUUGAAGGACCCGGACCUGGUGUGGCACUGGGCGGACGAGCUGGAGUUGGAUAUCCAUGUGCCGAGCCAAUAUGGUUGGGGGUUCGGUAUGACGAGGACUCACAGACAUAGGAGGAAUUAGGGGGCUUCCGCCGAUGGUUGAUCAGAUGGACCACCUUUCUCGAGCUUCCUACAUACCUUGAAUGUCUAGGUAUAUAUAUUGGUUAGAUGAUGGUAUUGAAUAUACAGUGGUACUUAUAUCUUGCCCAACACCAAUUUACCCCCAAUGAUUUUGUCCUUGACCUUCCUUUAGCCCCUGAAUAGGCUCCCAGAGCAUCCCUUCCACGAACAUUGUAUUCUACUGUGCUUACUUAUAUCAUUCCUACAAUCUUUACAGAUCUUAAUAGAUAUGAAUUAUUGAAGAUCACAAUUUAAAUCAUCAUGGAUUCGCCCUCAAGAUACAAUGUUACGAUUAGGUCGGCCUACAGUACUAUCUUAUGCUAA